AGUGAAGUGAAGUGGGGGUUUGUGUGCUUGCUGUUUUUACCUAUAAAUGCCACAAGCAUUUGAAACCAGAACAAGACUGGAUAUCAGUACGAAUCUAUGCUACAUAUUGACAGCGAACUUUACAUGCAUGGCCGAGUAAGUGCUGUUUGUAAUUGGAAAUUAAAACAUGUGUUUGUCAUGAGUUUGGUGGUUUGACCACCUCUAUGUUUUUGUCACCGCCUCCGUCUUGUGACGUAGCCAAAGGCGUUGCUGAGUCACGUGGUUUUAUGAUGGCGGAGAAGACUGUACCAAGACUGUAGUUUCUAUUCUAUUCUCCCUUUUUUAUUUUCAAUUCUAAUGCCUUUUUCUUUUUCCUUAAAGCAUCGAAGCCGAGUAGAAGCACAGGCAUGGGUGCUGGUAAUGUGCUGAUGUUCAUUCUGGUGUGGACUUUCACAGCUGUCUGUCACGCUAAUGAUGAAAUGAGUGUAAGCUGUGAGGAUGGGACUGGAACUGUGAGGAAAGAAGUAACUUUCACCUGCAGCGUCUCUCUGAAGAAGUCUGGAUGCUGCUUUACAGUGUAUAAGUUUCUAUAUCCUGAGAGAUAUAAUGACCCAACAAUCUGUAAAGAGUUUCCUCAGGACUCCUGUGAACAGAGAAACAGCUUCACAUGCAGAUUCACUCCAACUACAGUAAUGACAGAACAAUUCAGAUUCUUUAUCGUGACAGAGUGUGGAUGGGAACGAACAGAAUUCACUGUGGACAUAACAGAGACCAGUAAACAUGAACCUGUCACUGAAGAUCCUGAGCACAGCAAACAUCUAGUUACUGAAGAUCCUGGUCUUGGAUAUAAGGCCAUUAUCAACAAUGUUGUGGGCUCUGUCAUCGUCUCCUUCAUUCUCGCCAUCGUCAUCAUCGGGGCGACGGUCUUUCAUGUAAUUAGGGUCAGACGCAACUACCGUUCUGGAUUCCAGAUGAACUAUGAAAGAGGUGCUUCUGCAGAACCAACAAUGAGGACAGUAAAUGCUCAGAGUGAAACUAGAUGAAUGAAGAGAGUUUUGUUUCAUUUUUCAUACUCAACAUGACUUUCAUUGAACUAAAACUCAUAUACUUGUGAGUUACAACAUUUUAGAUCAUUAUUGAGCAAUUAUUCAGCCAAUAUUUGGCCAUGUUUAGAUAUUCUGCAUCAAAACUUUAAUAAUUUGAGUAAAAUAUUAUUUUAUUUUAGCAUUUUUGAGUGUCAUAUAUCCACAUUGUAUUUGCCAUUGCCACAUGUAUAUACCAAUAGCAUUUUAAUUGUUUUUAUUAAAUUUUUAAAGUCUCCUGAUAAUCUCAAUAUUGUCCAAGAUCUCUUUUAAGUAUUUCUAAUCAACUUUAAUAUCUGUGAUGGGAAAACUAUACUAGUGACGAUUAAAGUUAAUCUAUGGUAAUUGAUGAUGUAGGAAUAUAAAGUCAGAAAGCUAAAUUGUAACACAUGUUAAUAUAAGUUAAGCAUUUGUUGGAUGAUGAUGAUGCAUCAGCCUAUGGGUUUUUUUUUUGUUUGUUUGUUUUUUGUUUUAUUAAUUUAUUUGACAGGGACAGUGCAUUAAUUAACAUUACUGUACAUGCACCAGAUUUAGCCAAAAGGCUAUUGAAUAUAAUUUAAUAUUAUUUAUUAAUAUAAAUAUUUGCUCAUUUAGUUGUUAUAGCACAAAAAUGACAAAUAUUAAAUGAGGGAUAAGAUGGUAUCUACUGGAUAAACUUUUCAGAACUGAUAAUUUACUUUUGAUGUAAUUCUUAUGAAUAUUUACAUAUUUUUUUAAGUGGCAUUAAUGUAAAAUAAUAAAUUAGCUAUUGUAUUUCAUUUUAUUUUGACAAUGUAGUUGAAUAAUUGAAAACCGAUAACAGACAACGCAGAAUCCCAGUAACAGAGAUUAAUCUGAAAGGUCAAAUGAUUCUUUGAGUUAUAUACAUGCUAAUGAACAUUUACAUAUUUAAUUGCCCAUAUAUUUUAAUUGAAGAUGUGUCAUAAUGGAUACACAAAGCGAAUUUAUUGAUUUCUCUCAAUUCACCGAUAGAUUUUACUAAAAACAAACAUGUCUGAAAUAUAAAUCUAAUAACGUAAAAAAUUAAAUAACCCAAUUAAUUACAAUAAGUAUAAGUCUAAACAUAAUAAAACAAGUUACAGCAUGCCACUUAUUAUUUUGCAUCAACUUUUUACCCCACAAAUCCAAAAACACUAAUGUGUCCACAAAUCACUGAAUAACAUAGACACAAGACAACAUUAUCACAAUACAGUGUCAUUAUUUACACUAUCCUCCUGAGACACAAAAUUUAAAUCAAUUAUCCUGACUAAUUGUCCUGUUUCGGCUGACUAAAUCUCACAAAUGUUGAUAUUCAGAUGCAAUGACAAAAUAGUAGGCAUUCAUUAAAAGUGUUGAGAUGAGAUUUUGUGGCAUCUAUUGUCAGGAGAGAAAGAUUUUGCCGCAUUCUCCUGCCGGCAGAGGGCGGUCCUGCUCGGAGGAACUUUUCUUCGACCAAUAUUACUCUGUACAUCCUCUAAAGGCCUAGAGACUUUAGAGAAUACAGAAAUCAAUAAAUAAAUAAAAACUAUUAGGAAAUGUACCAAAAUUAUCGCGUGACGUUCGACUGUUUUAUUAAGUAUUAAAACAGCACUAGGUUAAUUAAAUCAGAUUGUAUUCAUUUCUGACAGUUACUGAUGCUUUACUUGAUUUUCACAUGUUAAGUUAGAUCAACUCUUUUUUUGAAAGGUGUUUCUAUAUCAUUUUCUUUGACAGAAGAUUUUUUAUAGGGCUCUUAUUUUGUUAUUCUGGGGAGAGCCUGCCCCAUUCCCUUCUUAUAAACAGCAAAGGAGCUGCAAGACCACCAGAUGAUCGAGAGUCUACUCGUGCUGUUCGUCGGAGAAUAGAAAAAAGAAAAAGAUAUUGCAAGACAGGCUGAAGUAAUUACCGCUACGGAUUAAACCCUGAAUGAUUUAUUUGUUUCCGUUGUUUUUUUCUGAGUGACACACAAAACCAGCAAAGACUCUUAUCUCCAAAACUACAGCAAACACAAC